UCGCUGUACACAUUACCCGCUCCCGGUCUCUCUUUAUCUCCGAGCCCUCCCGUUUCCUUCAAUUCUCUCUUCAAGUCCCUUUCCCAAGCCCCAGAGAGAGAGAGAGAGAGAAGAGAGAGAGCAGUUGGCUGAAGCCAGAGAUGGAUCUGCUGGAGAGGAGCACUAUUAAGGGGGAAGAGGGGAGGAAGGAGCAGGAGAAGGAGACCCAGGAGUCGCAGCAAGGGCAAGGACUCGGCAGACCCCCACUGGCCAACGGCAGCAGCAGGUCUGGAAUGUUGCCAAUGUCGAGCCCUCCAGCUAAUCCUGCACAGCUUACCAUUUUCUACGGUGGAUCAGUAUGUGUAUAUGAUUCAGUGCCACCAGAGAAGGCUCAAGCAAUCAUGCUUAUUGCAGCAGCUGCUGCGGCGGCCACAAAAACUACUGCUGCCACAGCUGUUAAGCCUCCAGUGAUGCCUGCAAACAAUGCUGCCCAAGCUGCAGCGCUUACCCGCUCACUCUCACUUCAGAGCACUUCUGUAGCAGCUGGACAACCUAUGGCUGUCACAGAUCCUAGCUCGAUUUCGAAGCUUCAGGCUGAUCUCCCCAUUGCCCGGAGGCACUCCCUUCAGCGCUUCCUGGAGAAACGUCGUGACAGCAGGAUCGUGAGCAAAGCUCCUUACAGCCCUGCAAAGCCAUCUGAAGGCAUGGGAGCAUCUGGGAUGGAGAUAGCUGCCGAGGGCAAGGCCCAGUAACCGAAAGACAGUCCCUGACGUUUCGAAGAAGGAAAAAAAAAAGGAUGUGUGUUAUGUUAGCUGAUGCGAUGUUUACACCUUAGUGUCGUGAUAAUAAUUCGACCAGAACCUCUAUUGCCAUUGUUCUGUUCUCUUUUGCUAGUUUACUCUGUCGCGGAACCUGUUUACUCCGCCGAACUGCUAUGGUAUGCUGUCCCUGUAAAUCGUGCCCCUUGUCUGUCUGACCGUGACUUUGUUCCCCUAGUCAAUGAUAUCAUCCAUCUGUGUUGCCCCAGUUAUACAACUA